CACUUGCAUUCGCUGCCUCUGCCGCGAGCAUGAUGAUGGAGCAGGCGGCCGCGUGGCCGGCAGACAUUGACCUGGAGCACAUGUACCUCGAUGGCCGCAAGAAGCUCGAGCGCGUCGUGACUAGCUCCAUGAACCUCGAGCACUGGACGAUGAUGCACAGGAAGCACGACACGCGCGUGUACAAGCACAGCAGCAACAGCAGCAACAAGCAAGUGGCCUUGCGCCUCGAGACCACCGUCAACAUGCCCAUCGAGUACACGCUCGAGCUGCUCCGGCUUCUCGACUCGAACGGCUUUCGCAGCACGAUGAAGGACCUCCACGGGAAGGCCUUCCUCGACGGCGAGGUCUUGCAUGCGCACACACGCCACAACGACGCGGCCGAGUCGCUUGCACUCAAGUGGUGCGCGAUGAGUACCGGCAAAGCCUUCACGAAGCCGAAAGAGCUCCUCUACUACGAAUACUGCGGCAUGCACCACUCGGAGAUGUACGGCCCGUCGGCCAUCGUCAUGUUCGAGUCGUACGACGGCGUCGGUGCGCAGUACGGUCUGCGCGCCAAGCCCGACACGUACAAGCUUGCAUGGUUUGAGCCGAGCGCGUUUAUCAUUACGCCGUCGCCCGACGGCCACAAGUCGAUCGUGACGCUCACGUUGGCGUGCCGAAAAGCCGGUGGCAGCAACCUCGUGAGCGCAGCGCUGACCAAGCUCGCGACGCGGUUCGCGCAGGCCUACGCGCACCUCGGCGACUGCGGCUCGACGCAGUCGCUUGUCGAGCGCUCCAACUAUAUGCAAUCCUUCCACCGUACACCGUCCUCGGCGUCCACGACCCGCAGCUUUGUUGAACAACCCGACCGCCGACAAAGCGCCGACCGCCAACAAAGCGCCGACCGCCACAGCCCCGACCGCCGGCCGAGUGCAGACCGCCACAGCCCCGACCGCCCGGCCCACCGGUCCAGCGGUGGCAGCCACCACAGCCACGAGACCGCGCGCGGGUCAGGUCGGUCGGACAGCUCGGCGGACGACGUGCCGCGACCCCACAAGAAGGCGUCGAAGCGUCAGACGUUUGUCAACGAAGACUUUGCCGAGAUUUGCCGGACUGCGAUGCAGAGCCUCGACUGUCCGAUGGCCGGCAUCCGCACGACGCUCUUCGAGAUCGUCCAGUAUGCGCCGACGGCCGACAUGAGUCGCAUGCCCAAGUCGCUCCCGACCUUUCGGCGCAUGGCGCAAACGGGCAAGCCCUGCGUCGUCCUCGACGUGCUCUCGGACAAGCGCAUCAGCGACGAGAAGCGGUCCAUCUCGCGCGUCCAGUUCUUUGUCGGCGUGCCCAUGGUGCUCGAGAGCGGCGAGUGCAUUGGCGACGUGUGCGUCGCCGACGUCAAGCCGCGCAAGGUCAUCGAUUACACGCAGCUCGAGAUUCUCAAAGUCCUCGCGCAGUCGGCGACUGCGUACAUGACGAGCGCCGAGUACCUCGCCGAGACCACCGACCUGCCGCGCGACGAAGAUGUCGGAGACCGCCAACCGUAUACAAACACCACGAUGACGUCGUCGUCGUCAUCGACGUCGUUCCACCACCGAGCGUACGAGCACCCGGCCGAGGACAUUGCGAUCGAGAGCUUGGGCAUCAAGGAAGUCGCCUUUUAAUACUA